AUGGCUUCGCUCGGCUGGAUCGUGGCGGUCCGGGCGGCGCGGGGGCCCUGGCGGCGGGUGGCGCGCACGGCCGCGGGGCUCCGGGGCCCCUGCCCGGGGAGGGGCUACGCCGUAGGCUCUGCUCAGAGCCCACCCACUUUUGGGUUCCUCUUGGACAUCGAUGGUGUGCUAGUGCGGGGCCACAGGGUGAUCCCCGCCGCUCUGGAGGCGUUCCGCAGGCUGGUGAACUCCCAGGGGCAGGUGCGGGUGCCCGUGGUCUUUGUCACCAAUGCUGGGAACAUCUUACAACAUGGCAAAGCCCAGGAGCUGUCAUCACUCUUUGGGUUCAAGGUGGAUCCCGACCAAGUUAUUCUCUCUCACAGCCCCCUGAAGCUCUUCUCACAGUUCCACGGGAAGCGGAUGCUAGUGUCUGGGCAGGGACCUCUGGUGGAAAAUGCCCGAGCACUCGGCUUCUGGAAUGUGGUUACUGUGGACGAGCUGCGAAUGGCUUUCCCCGUGCUUGACAUGGUUGAUCUCGAGCGGCGGCCGAAGACCACGCCCCUUCUGAGGAACGACUUCCCAGCCAUUGAAGGAGUGCUCCUCCUUGGUGAGCCUGUCCGCUGGGAGACAAGCCUGCAGCUGAUCAUGGACGUCCUCCUCAGCAAUGGGAACCCUGGGACUGGUCUGGCCACAGCCCCCUACCCCCAUCUCCCUGUCCUGGCCAGCAACAUGGACCUCCUUUGGAUGGCUGAAGCCAAGAUGCCCAGGUUUGGCCACGGCACCUUUCUCCUGUGCCUGGAGACCAUUUACCAGAAAGUCACAGGCCAAGAACUGAGAUAUGAGGGCCUGACAGGCAAACCCAGCAUCCUCACUUACCAGUAUGCAGAGGACCUGAUCGGGCAGCAGGCGGAGAGGCGGGGUUGGGCCGCCCCCAUCCAGAAACUGUAUGCUGUAGGUGAUAACCCUAUGUCUGAUGUCUACGGUGCCAACCUGUUCCACCAGUACUUGCAGAUGGCAAAGCACGAAGGGACAGGGGAGCUAGGAGCCUGUGGUCUGAAGAAGCAGCGGCCAUCCGCAACUCAGAGCUGCGCCUCCAUCCUCGUGUGCACUGGCGUGUACCACCCCAAGGACCCGGAGACAGUGGAGCCUGCCCAGGGCAGGGAGGAACCUCCAUUCCACGGGCACCGGGACUUCAGCUUCAGUCCAGGGCUUAUGGAGCCAUCCCACAUUGUGAACGACGUGGAUGAGGCUGUGCAGCUGGUUUUCCGCAAGGAGGGCUGGGCUUUGUAGUGAGGGCUGGGCAGUGGAGGCAAGGGGAGCCUGGAGGCGGUGUUGAAUCUGGUUCUUAAGUCAGCCUGGCUCCCUUUCCCCACCCCCCUGCUGCCUCAGGAGGGUCACAUUACUGGUCACUUGGAAGAAGACAAUGGCAUUUUACCUGCUAAGCAGUAGCCAUGGAAAUGUACCCUGAAUGGCAUUUUGGGUAGAAUUACCAGGAUUUCCUGGACCCAGUUCCCGCUCUGCCUCUCCUGGCAGUCUGACCUCAGGCCAGUCCCUUCACCUCUGUGCCUCAGUUUCCUUCCCAUUUCAGUAUAAGGACUUCUGAAAAAAGAGGAGGUAGUGUGGAAUAAUGUGGAAUUUUGUAGCGGGCUUGUGCCCACACUGAGGGAACCACUGCAUGCCAGCAAGGCAUGUAGCUAACACUCAGAUACUGCUUUUUACUGUAUUUUAGUUUAUUGCCCAGAGACUUUGGGGCUUAUUUUUUAAACUUAAAAUAAUCAUAAUAAAUAUUCAUUAUUCUGUCUCUUAUGAUGCUCUGGAUGGUACUGCUAGUCCUGCGGGGGAAGGAGAGUGGGUGAGCAUUGCGGGUGACCUUGAGGCAGAGAGACUUGUGGCAUUUCACUCCCACGAGGUGCUGACUGACGUCUCUUCUUAUCUCUGCUCCUCUUCUUCCCACCCCCAAACCCACACCCAGUCUGGGCUGUGAAGCUGAGUCUGUCUAGAAAUGACUUACAGCCAGGCUUUGGCAUACUUAGCAACUGGUGUGGAGAAGAAGGGGAAUCUCAUUUUUUAUCUUGUUUUAAAGGAAGGGCUUUUGUGUGGUGACUCUAGAAAGUAUGUGUAUGUUCCUGUAACCCUUUCUCCAGAUGUAAUCCAAUUCCAUUUUUCUUUUGUCUGUGUCAUCCAUGACCUCAGUAUUGCCAAGUCCCUUCGUCAGUUCUUACCCUCAUCUUACUCAUUCAGUUGCAUUUGACACAAACUGCCUCCCCUCUUUACUUUGUUAUAUCUGACUGACUUCUCGACAUCUCUUUUUUGGGUGCAAAGUAGUUUAGAGGUGAGGGAGCAAAGGAGCUUGUGAAAGAGCGGCCAGUGAAACAGGAGGAGCCUCGAGGGCUGGUGUCCUGGAAGCUGAGUAAAGGAGGGAGUGAUGAACUGUGUCCUCUUGGAGAUGGCUCUGCCUCAUGAGGUGGUGAUCAUGCAGGAGGAGAGGCCCAGUCCUUGGGCCUCUUGUUAUCUCCACUCACUCUAUCAGAACUUACAACGUCCAAAAGCAAACACCCCAGUCCUACUCUUCCAGUACCCCGAGCACAAUCCAGUUUGUCCUGCAGCCUUUCCCAAUUUAGGCAGUAGUCACUCCUUCCUCCUCAUUGCCUAGGCCAAGUACUUGGAGUCAUCCCUUGUCUUCUCUCUCCCUCUCAUAUCCCACAUCCAGUCCUUCAGCAAAUCCCGUGAGCUUUGCCUUCAGAGUAUAUCCAGAGUCUGACCACUGUCCCUUCCCUCUGUCCUCCCCAUUUCUUCUUCACUCAUGGGCCUCUAUAAGUCAGAUCAUGUUUAUUCUCUCAUCAUAACCCUCCUGUGACUUCCCAUCUCAGAGUAAAAGCCAAAAUUCCUAACCUCAACUCAAAGGCCUCUGCAUCCACAGACCUCACCUGCUGCUUUCUCCGUGGAUCAGUUCACACCAGCCGCGCUGGCCACCUUGCUGUUCCUUGACGCACCGUACACACUCCUGCUGGGGCCUCUGCGCUUCCAGUUCCU